AUGUCCAAUGCCGAGGCCUGGAAAAGACGUUCCAUAUAUCAAGUGCUCACCGACAGAUUUGCCAUAGAAGAUGAGAAUAAUUCAGAUAGAGGCCCAGAUCAUGGGAUAAGAGAAUAUUGUGGUGGAACAUGGAGGGGAAUAAUAUCUAAACUUGAUUAUAUCCAAGGAAUGGGUUUUGAUGCAGUUUGGAUUUCACCCAUCACUAAGAACAUCGAAGAAUUGACUGAAUAUGGAGUUUCCUAUCAUGGUUAUUGGCCAGAGGAUAUCUAUUCAGUAAAUCCACAUUUUGGAACCGCUGAUGAUUUACUCGCCCUAUCGGAUGCCUUGCACGCUCGGUCAUUCAUCACAAAUUACGAAAAUCAGCAGCAAAGCGAGGAAGGAUGGUUGGGGGAUGGACAUGUGCCAUUGCCCGAUCUAAAUACGGAGGAUCCUACCGUGGUACUCACCCUCCAAGCCUGGAUCACAAAACUUGUACAAAAGUUUAAAAUUGAUGGUUUGAGACUUGACACUGUCAAACAUGUCAGGAAGAAUUUCUGGCCCGAUUUUGUUCGGGCUGCUGGGGUCUGGUCCGUAGGUGAGGUGUUGUCAGGUGAUCCCGACUACUUAAGCUCAUAUCAACCUUAUGUUGGAGGCCUUCUAGACUAUGGGACAUAUUAUCCUCUGAAGAGAGCCUUUCAUAGGGAUGGUGGAAGUAUGUAUGAGCUGACCAACCUCCUCACUCCUGAAUACCGAUCGAAAUUCCGCGACACGCAGCAAAUGUCGACUUUUAUGGAGAAUCAUGAUAUGCCACGAUUUACCAGCGACACCAACGCGGACUUGGCUGUUGUAAAGAAUGCUAUGGCAUGGACUUUACUUACCGAUGGUGUGCCAAUUGUUUACUAUGGACAAGAACAAUCUUAUUCUGGAGAUGGUGAUCCUGGCUCGCGAGAGCUGAUGUGGACGUCCAAUUAUAACAUCACACCGCUAUACCAAUACAUCGCACGUUUGAACCAAAUCAGAAAGCUGGGUUGGGAUGCAGGAUUUGGUACACAUCUAACCACAAAACUUUACAUUGAAGACAAUGUUGCUGCUACGCAGAAGGGCCCCGUGCUCAUGGUGCUGACCAACUUAGGUAGCCAGGCCAGAUCCAAAAAUAUCUCCAUACCUACCAUGUUCAAAAACGGGACCAUAAUAGUCGACAUCCUCACAGGAGAAUCUUUCAGAGUCAAACGAUCGACGAAUAUCACCAUAAUAUCUGGAGAACCUCGAAUUUUUCUCCCUCUUGGUCUAGCAGAGAACAUCUGUGAUAAUAUUUUACCACCAGCUCAGAGUGCCAUAUCUAAAUUAUUCUCUAAAAUGUUUGGUGCCUCCUCUUCCUCAAAAACUGCCGCCGAAAUCACCGAUUGGCCAUAUGGUGAAUCGGUCAACAGCGCAGAUGUUAUACUUAGAGAAAAAGAUCCGGUUGCGGAACAGGCAGGGCCAAGAUUUUGA